AUGACAAUACUGAGCGAGAAAGUUGAUAAGGAUGGUGGGGUGCAUUUGUCUGGAGACGGUCAAUUUGACAGUCGUGGAUACUCGGCAUAUAUAUGUCGGUUUUCAAUUAUGGACGUUCAGUCAAAACUUUUGGUUGACUUCGAAACCAGUAGAAAACCCAGAGGAGGAAAUUCAAUGAUUUUGGAGAAGAGCGGCCAUGAGCUUUGUUUGCCAAGAGUUAUAGGAGAUCUCCAAUUGUUGACCGGAAUUGAUCAUCCGGUACUGUCUUUUACGACAGACCGGUGUGUGAAUCUGACACAAGCCAUGAAGAACUAUCCGUCGAUUCACCACUACUAUGACUCUUGGCAUUGGAUAAGGUCAAUAAGAAAGGAAAUAGGAGAGAAGUAUAAUCAGGUACAGUUCCGACCAAUGAAGCCGUGUGUUCGAAUGCUAAUAAAUCACAUUUAUUGCUCAAUUAGUUCUGCAAACGGAGAUGGAGAAUUAGCUUAUCAGAUGAUCAUGACUUUCUUCUGGCAUGUCCAGAACAAACAUCAUAUCUUUGAAGAUAUUGGCUCUCUGAAGUUCGAUCGUAUCCAAUGCUGUCAACAUGCGCAAAACAGAGAUAAAUCUGGAUAUGAUAUGCGAUCCGAAAUGGCAGUUAUACAUUGGAAUGCUCUUCAAAUUGAAGAAGCCGCUGGAGAAAGAAAAGUGAUAUUCAAGUCUCCUUUCUUUUGUAAAACAAAGAAAAAAGUGAUUAUGAAAUCUAGAAAAUCGCCAGCUAAAAACUUGUGGAGAGACCAGGUAUUGAAUAUGACAAAGUCAUUGUUUUUGAAUCGUAGUGUCCAGGAGCCUAUGGAUAUGGAAGAGGAAGAGAUUGUGAAUAGAGCAGAAACUGAAGCGGAGAUGUACAGGCAACCAGGAACAUCAACUGCGGGUCUUUGA